UAUUUGCACCAACACCGGUACCUAAGGCUAAGUGGGCCAUGUUGAAGUGUUUCCAGUUGCGACCCGAGUGACUAGGGGCAGAUCUUCGCCACUCACACGAUGCUGGGCAAAUGUCAGAGACUCCGCCUCUAAGGGUAGAUGACCUAAGUCGCCUGGCAUGGAUCUCACCACAACCUCGUCAGAUCCGAUCACGGAGGACUCAUUCGGACCGGGGCUCUAUGACGUCAUCCCUCGUAGCGUCUUUAUCACAUUUGGGGUGAUCUUAGUCGUCGCCGGCUUCACCGGCAACAUCUUCAUCAUCCUUAUCUGCUGUCUUGACGCUGAACUGAGACGUUCAUCUAAGCAUUUUAUCAUCACCAGCCUUAGCCUUUUGUGUCUCUUGGAGCAAUGCCUCAGCGCCUUCAUCGUGCACACUCACAUCUACAACAUCGAAAACAUUGCUGGGACAUACGGAUGUGCUGUGUCCUACUUCAUCAGUGCCGGUAGCUAUAUCUCCGUGUCUGUCACCGUCCUUUUGGUCGCUACUGUUGCCUUUGACUCUGCCCUAACCUUAUGUUUGAACCCUCCAGUGAAAGAUACCCUCAGAGUCUGCAUCGCCCUGGAAUGUGUUGUGUUCAUCGUCAUUGGAUCAACGUUCAUGCUGCUGCCGUUGAUGAACGUCAGCGCCUACAGUGACGUAUGUAGUGUGCACAUGAAGGAACACUACAUGCUGGCGUUGAACCUCAUCCACUUCAUCCCCCAAUGUCUGAUCCUCUUCCUUGCGAACCUCAUCCUGUUCAUGUGCUACAGCCGUAAGGUGAGGAGCUGCCCUGACGCGACACUGCCUCAUCCCACGGAUGUCUAUCUGGCAUCUGCCCUCGUGGUCCUGCUGAAACUACCGGACUUUACAUUCUCACUUGGGUUCAAAACAUGCAACGACGAUGAUGGUAAUGGAAUGUCUAUAUUCUGGAUAGUGGCGACCUACACAAGUACCUCCAUCUAUGUAGCACUCCCCUACCUGUGGCUUUCAGGCCAGGACACCAGGCAAGGUGCUAAAAGGGUACUACUAGGGCGGUGUCUCAGAAAGACCUGCACACAGGAUAUGUACAUCCUCACGAGCCCGGAAGAGUUCAAGGAGCCAUAUUGCUGACAUUAUCUAUCUUAUCUGUCGGAAUAGUAACUAUAGUAACACCUGCAGUAGUGGCAUUACUAUCCAUACACCGGUCUGCUCAUACGCAUUAGAGUGUGUCCUUAUAACGUACACAGUUGCAUGUACAUAAACUUCAGCAAAAGAUAAAAAAUACUAGAUAUUUACAGUCAUUUAUAAACACGUUGUCUGUAUGAACAACAAAGGCGGCACAUAAAUUACCCAUACACCAGCAACGAAGACGUUACAUGCAUGGACUGUGUAUGCUCAAUUCUAGCAACUGUUUUCCUGUAACAAAUAGUCAGUGUUGCUUAUCAUAUAUAAUGAAAUUGGCUUGAUCAACAACAGUAUUUGGAGUAUGUCAUCAGUCCACUUUUAAUUUUGUGACUUCAAGUGGAACGUUACAAAAAUCCUUAUUUUGCAAACAGCCAUUUUCCCGGACAUUAGACUUGAAAACAUUAUUUAUAGAAGCGUCACGCUAAGAACUAUCUUUAUAAAUACAUACUAAGGCCACGUUAACUGAAUGUUAAGGGCUUUUGUGUAAUGUUUUAAUAUGUAAUCUUGUAUAUUUUUAUACAUAUAAAACUUAUGGUUGCCUUAAGAAUAAUUUAAUUCAUUGGUAAUAACAUUUACACAUAGUUUUUAGUAUCAUUAUUACUGUAUCGGUGCCUGGUGUUUUCAUAUAAUUAUUUAUGUACGCAACUUCUUCUUGCCCAACUAAGCAUAGACCCUACUACACUUGAUGGAUAUUACAAUAAGAAUAAAGUCGUGA